CAGUUGUCGACCUUCAUUCAAUUGAGCUAUCAUGUCUGCAUUCAACACACCAUGGUUCAACUCGCAAGAUCGGAGCUUCUUCAACGUCUUGAACAAAUCCAAGAUCGCUCAUGUUGUCCUCGCGGCAGAGACGGAAGAUUUCGAUGAGGAGACUGAGCAGCAGUGGAAAGACGAAGGCUUCCACGUGCAAUACGUACCUCUGCUCAAAGGCGGUGAUGACUUCAUCAACCGCAUCCAUACGACCGGAGAUACCUUUGGAGUAUCAGAGCAAUAUGCCAUCGUCGCAUACGGCGAUGCCGCAUCACUCGCUCUCGAAGCCCACACGAAGCCCAAUCACCCCAAGCUCGUUGCCAUAGUCGCCUACUACCCAACCACGAUCCCGGCCGUGACCACCAAAUUCCCCUUUUCAAUCCAAGUUCUAGUACACCUCGCCGGCAACGAAGUCAACGUCUGGAAGCAAGGCGAAGUCCUCGGGAUCCAAGGGAAGCGCAGAAGACUCCAAAAGCGCAUCGAUCCUGGAAUCGGCUACGGUGAAUGCCUGAAGCUUUCGUACAAAGCCUACACCUACACAGGUGUGCAGCCAGGUUUUGCUGAGCACGAUCUCGACGAGUAUGACCCGAUCGCGGAUGGGAUCGCCUUUACUCGGAGUAUUGCUUGCGUUCGGAAAGGAUUCCGAGUUGACAAUGACAUCGAGGCCGUGCGGGACCACCAUGCGAGGUACAUGUACUCGGGCCAGACCGACCGAACGAUGGCUCAGGUGCGAUCUUACGGCCAUGUCCUGCACACGCCUACCCUCGUUGGAGGCGUUGGAAGCGAAGAUCUGGAAUACUUUUACUCGGAGCUCUUCACGCCUAUUCCAGCCAACAGCAACACGCAGAUCCGGCUCCUGAGUCGCACAAUUGGCACGGAUCGAGUCGUGGACGAGCUAUUCGUAUCCCUCGCGCACUCAAUCGAGAUCGAUUGGCUGCUUCCUGGUAUUCCGCCGACGAAUCGGAAGAUCGAGAUCGUGAUUGUGUCAAUCUUUCACUGCCGGCAGCAUUGA